AUGGCAGCACCCAGCAACGACUCCACAGCCCCGGUCUCCGAAUUCCUCCUCAUCUGCUUCCCUAACUUCCAGAGCUGGCAGCACUGGCUGUCCUUGCCCCUCAGCCUCCUCCUCCUCCUGGCCAUGGGGGCCAACGCCAUCCUCCUAAUCACCAUCCGGCUGGAGGCUGCUCUACACGAGCCCAUGUACUACCUUCUGAGUCUUCUCUCCCUGCUGGACAUUGUUCUCUGCCUAACUGUCAUCCCUAAGGUCCUGGCCAUCUUCUGGUUUGAUCUCAGGUCCAUCAGCUUCUCUGCUUGCUUCCUCCAGAUGUUUGUCAUGAACAGCUUCCUGACUAUGGAGUCCUGCACAUUCAUGGUUAUGGCCUACGACCGCUAUGUGGCCAUUUGCCAUCCUCUGCGGUAUCCCUCCAUCAUCACUGAUCAGUUUGUGGUUAGUGCUGCCAUCUUUGUCAUAGCCCGAAAUGCCCUCUUUUCUCUUCCUGUUCCAGUCCUUUCCGCCAGACUCAAAUACUGUGCAGGAAACAUCAUCAAGAACUGCAUCUGCACGAACCUUUCUGUCUCCAAACUCUCUUGUGAUGAUAUCACUUUCAAUCGACUUUACCAGUUUGUAGCAGGCUGGACCCUGUUGGGCUCUGACCUCAUCCUUAUUGUUGUCUCCUACUCCUUUAUUUUGAAAGUUGUGCUAAGGAUUAAAGCAGAGGGUGCUGCGGCCAAGGCCCUGAGCACAUGUGGUUCCCACUUCAUCCUCAUCCUCUUCUUCAGCACGGUCCUUCUGGUUCUGGUCAUCACUAACCUGGCCAGGAAGAAAAUUCCCCCAGAUGUCCCCAUCCUGCUCAACAUCCUGCACCACCUCAUACCCCCAGCUCUGAACCCCAUUGUUUAUGGUGUGAGGACCAAGGAGAUCAAGCAGGGAAUCCAGAACCUACUGAGGAGGCUCUAA